GGGGAGGGCGGCAGACAGACAGACAGACACGCCCUCCCGCGAGCGCGACAUCCGCCGUGACGCUCGCGCUGUCUGAAGGCUUUCAGUCUGUGCGCGUGUUGUUGACGGUCAGACAGAGAGAGACAGCGGACCAGGAGCGAUCAUCCUGAGGAAGCUCAUUAGAUCAUUAAUUCUGUCACCAUCAUGCAUGUAGCUGGACGUAAAAGGAUUUUCAACCUUUAACACAGUGAGGAAAGAAGGACCAACUCAGAAGUGUAGUGUUUGAAGAACAGCUAAAUAUUUUCCGCCCAAGAAAGACCAAUCAUCUGUGUACGGACAUGGCCAGCCCUCAGACGAGUCUGAAAACCCCUUUCAAAGACGUGACGUCAUUCAAAGGCAACAUGAAGCGGCUGUACAGGGAGCGACUGGAGGAUGCACCCAUUAAAAAGCGGGUAAUGGCGGAGAUGCACCUGAAACGUCGCAGUCUGGAGAGCGUCCCCAAGCCCCUGAAGGUCAAGAAGGAGCGCGAGGAACAUGGCAGCUCAGAAAUGGACAUUGAGGAAAGAGAAUUCCACGUCAUCGGGGCUUCCAAGGCUUUAGAUCUCAGCGCCGGCCUCAAGCACACUCUGGCACAGUUCACGCUGAGCAGCCAGAGCUCCCUGGGAGGUCCUGCUGCCUUCUCAGCAAAAUCUGUGCAGGAGUGCGCCUCUCCUGCUGGCAUGGCUCCCCUUCCGUCUCCCCCAGUCCUUGGAGGCGGUCCGCUCUUGGUUCCCUGUGACAGCUCCACAGAGCUCACCCAUUCUCUGCUCGAAGGAGAGUCCAUCUCCUGCUUUGUUGUAGGUGGCGAGAAGCGUCUUUGUCUGCCGCAGGUACUCAAUUCGGUGCUGCGAGAUUUCUCUCUGCAGCAGAUCAACGCUGUCUGUGACGAACUUUACGUUUACUGUUCCCGAUGCGAUGCUGAGCAGCUGCACAUUCUCAAGGUGCUGGGCAUCCUGCCUUUCAAUGCACCUUCCUGUGGCCUGAUCACCCUGACUGAUGCCCAACGCCUCUGCAAUGCCCUGCUCCGCCCGGGGGCCGUCCUCUCGGCAGACCCCAACAGCAAACUGUCAGGCCAAGGCCUGCUGAAGGAGAGCGAAGCCAGUUUCCAGGUCGAGCACCAGUGUCUGGGCAAGUGCCAAGGCCUGUUCGUGCCCCAAUUCUACAUCCAGCCGGACGCUCCUUGUAUUCAGUGCAUGGAAUGCCAGCUGCUGUUUUCCCCACAGAACUUUGUAAUGCACUCACACAAGUCCCCUGACAAGAGGACCUGCCACUGGGGUUUCGAUUCAGCCAAGUGGCCCUGCUACUUACAGCUGGGCCGCAAGCAUGAGGGCACGCCGGAGGAGCCACAACUCAAACAGCUGCUGGACGAGAUGAAGGAGAAGUUUCACUACCAGCUAAAGAGGCCUCUGGACAAAAAGGUGGUGGAUGACGACAGUCACGGGAGGAAGUCCAGUCCUGCACCCUGCCCAUCUAACAGCAAGCUGUCUGAUAGCGUCCUGGAGAAAAAGGUACCAUCAAAGGGCAACUUGCAGUCUUCACUGGUGUUCAGUCGACUGUUUCCUGACAUCAAAGAGGAACCAGGACAUGGGCCCAUCAUCCACCCAAGUUACUACCUGUACACGUAUGAUAAGAUGGUGGCCCCUAACGUAUCCCUGCGGAAGGAGGGGGAGGUGAGCCAUGAGGUUCUGGGGGCCCUGCUCAAGCAACAGUACAGCAGGAGAACACUGACCCACGACAGCCAGCCCACCACAGAUCUUCCCACAUCUCCUUCCUCCAUUGCAGAGGAGGCCAAAUCCCACCACGCAGGCGAAGCAAACGAGCGCCGCCAACCUCCUUCGUCAGUCGCCAUGGAGACCAGCCCAGGCUGCAAGCAGCACGCCCCCAUUCCCACGGAGGGCAAAGACAGUGGAACGGAGGACGACAAGGACAGGAUCAUGUUGGAGAUCGUGCAGAUGUACCGGCGGCAGCAAGAGAAGCUGAAUUCCACCCUUCAGAAACAGCUGCAGCUGGAGAUGGAGCUGGAAGCAGUGCGCGGGGGCGAGGCAGCCAGGCUGAGGGAGUUGUCUGUGGAGCAGCUGGAGCUGCAGAACGAGCUGGAGGCGGUGCACACUGAGCAUGCUCAGAGACUGGGGGAGGUGCGGCAGGAGCAGAGACAGCUGGAACACCGACUGGAGCAGCUCAGGCAGCAGAGCUGUGCCUGCCAACCCAAAGAGCAGGAGGCACAGUACAAUGCGCAGCUGUGCGAGCUUCGCUGCCGUCUGGAGCGUGCCGAGGCGGAGCGGCAGGAACUGCAGGAGGAGCUCUGCAGAGAGCGGGAGGCCAGAGAGAAGCUGGAGCUCAUGAUCUCGAAGCUUCAGCAGCAGAUGGUCCAGUCUGGCACCAAGGGGAGCCGCAGCACUAGCCCUGCCCAGCCCCCGACCCCUUCCGCAAGCCCCCAAUCCCAGCAUUCCCUCUCUUCACCGGCCCCUGAGGUAACCUCCAGAUAAACUCGCCCCCCUCUCUCGCAAACUUCCACGCCUGUAGCCCAGGAACACGCUCGCCCACUCCCUGCAGAGUAACAGACAAACACAAGACAAACUCUGCAGAAAAGAGCAGCUCUCCCAUAACUGCUUCCGUUUGUGUUGCACCACCACAAAAAAAAAAAGACUUAAUGUUUGUGUUUAAUUUAAAAAGACUUUGUGUCACCCUGCCCUCGACCAGUCGUUAAGGAUUUUUUGGAUGUACAAGUUGUUUUAAUUUAUAGUCGUACUGAGAGGCUGAUGGGACAGUGGAGGUAUUUCUUUUUUGGACUUCUUGCCUCCUGUGGCGUUGGGAAAGCACUCGAGUGCUUUUCCGGUCCCAGCUCUUUGGAUACAGGAAACUGACACUCAGUAAAAUACUACCUGUGACACGAAGCCCAAGGAUGCCAAACGGCAAGACGCCAAUGCCCUGCAGCAGCGAGAAACCAUGUGGAUGUUUUCUUUUUUAUUUUAAUUUUGUGUAUCAUUGUUUUCUACAGAAAAAAAUGGGAGAAGGUUUUUGUUAAAGUCACAACAAAAAUAUCAGUAAAAUAUUAUUCUAUAGCAUAUUUAAGUCAUCAUACUUAAUACAAGUGAUUCGGAAACGUAGAGGGGGCCCCUAACUGCGGCCCCCCGGUUUAAGAUUGUAAUCCUCCCCCUCUUCCUCUCCAGCUCCCCUCCAUUUUCUUUCCCUGCCUGCCGUUUGUCUUUUCAGUCUGGUGUUGAUUAUAUGUUUCCUGUCUGCACUGCUGACCCUUGCAGGCUGGUAUAUGACAAACAGCUCAGUUCAUUCCUGCUGCAUGAUGCAGUAAGCAAAGACUCACAUUCGCCCCCUGCUGGAGAACACUAUGAAACUCGGCCCCCAUUUAACUACAGGCAUUAUACGAAAAAAGCUUCAGGAUAGUGCAGUCCACCUCAAUCUGAAGUUUAUUUUCAGAGCAUAAAUGGAUCCCUGUAGCUCCAACAAGAACAUACUGGAUUUAGUUGCUCAGAAAUUUAAACAAAGCACACAGUAGACCUUAUAUUUGUCCUUUUCUUAGCAAAGGAUUCAUUAGUAGUGCAAUUGACGAUGUAAAGCAUUGAAGUCACAAUCUCCCAUAAACCUAAAGCUGAUUUCUUUAUUCAUCUGAGAACUGCUAAUAAAGUACCUAGUUUCUGAAUGCUGGAUUCCAGGUUAAAUGAUCUGGCUGUCACGUAUUGGGUGUUUAGCCUGAUUUUUAUUUUUUUAUUUUUUUCAUAUACCCCUCUUAUUCAUUCCCCUGUGUCAUUAUUCUGGAUGAGUGAACAAACAGGUCUGACAGGGAGAAGAAAAACAGACAGGGGGCCAAGAGAGGGACGUAAAGGAAUUAAUGCUGUCACAUUAGCUCCCAGUCACUGAGGGUUAAAGAGGCACGCUUUGUCUCUGUAGAAUGGGGCAGCUGCCUCUGAUGCCCACUCAUACAUCAACUGUUAGAAGGAUGAAGAAAGAUGGACACAGGAAGUGAAGCGGUUUUGCCACUAGAGCAGUUUCUUUCUUCUUUCUUUCUUCUGUUCAGAUUGGUUGUGUAAACAAUAUUGGAUGUAAAUCUAGGCCUCUUUCAUGAUGUACAUAUCUCCCAUUGAACAUUCCACUGUGCACAACUCAUCGGAUUUACAGUCAGCCAAGCCGCAGCAGUUUUCUAAACCUGAUAAUGUGUACAGUGCAAAACCUCUUUGAAAACAUAAAGAAACACCCUGACUUAUGUGAAUACAUCCAGCUAUGAAGAAUCAAAAAAACAAAACUAUAUUGUAAAUGAGUGCUUUGCCAUUUUUGAACUUUUUUUCUUGAAUUAUUCAGAAAUUAUUUAAUGUAUUUACUAAUAAAGAUUUAUAUACACUUUGUACAUACAGUAGUCAUUAAUAUAUUAACUAAAUUCUUAUAAAUAAUCUUUCAAGGUUUCUGAUCACAUUUGCAAAAGCUGGGCGUAGCCCAAGCUCUAUUGUUUUUUUUGUGUUAGUUUUUUUGCCUGAAGAGUGGUUGUUGAUAAAGUGUGUAAGGUGGUGUAGGGAUGCAUGAUGCUCAGAACACCUAAACUCCAUCCAACGGGGAACGGGAACAGUGACGUAUGCUGUCCAGUGCCUCAGAGUUUCCCUUCAGUGGGUCAUUUUACAUCCAUUUCAUUGGAACCCACUGAGAUUGACUUACAACCUGUUGUUAUUUUGGUGGUGUUCUGCUUUUCCUCUUCCCCAUUAUAUAUAUAUAUAUAUAUAUAUAUAUAUAUAUAUAUAUAUAUAUAUAUAUAUAUAUAUAUAUAUAUAUAUACACACACACACACACAUAAAUAUAUUUAAAAAAAAUAAGAAUUUAAAAUUCUUAGAAAGAAGAGAGUAAAAUAAUGCAUGUAUUGUUAGCUACUAUAUUGUUAUGCUCAAAAAACCCCACAGAUUCAUUAUUGCUAAAAUGCACAAGUGAUUUUUUUUUCUAUUCUCUCUCACACAUACAACCUUUCCAAAAACGUUACUCCAUAUUGUCUGAGAAGAAUAGUCUUUAUGUAAAUGGGCACAAAAUGUGCUCAAGAGCCUAAUAUAGAUGCUAGAAACAUUUGAUAUGAGAGACUGUGUGUGUACUGAAAAGAGCGAUGUGUUUUUUUAUAUAUAUAUAAAUAUAAAUAUACAGCUCUGAUUUCAUGUGUAGUUCCUUUGAGAGAUUGUAGCAUUUGUUUUGGCACUGUAAUGCAUUACUACAGUGUCGACUACAAUUUCUGUACAAUCAGUAUUAGGUUUCUUUUGUUUUCACCACAGUUACCUCUGUAGCAGCCAGUUUCAAUGCUGUUUUUGAUAGUUUUGGGUAUUGAAAUGUAUUUCUGAAGCUUUUUAGAGUAUACCUUUUCAUUUGUAACGAUUCUAUGAAGAUUUUGUACACAGGGGGGCGCUGUAUCUCUUCUAUGUAGAAUGCCAUGUUAAAUUUGAAUUCUGGGCAUAGGAAUACAGUACUCUUUAGACUCUUGAAACAACAAACCUGUUUUUGGCUUUUGCAGUGUUGAGAAAAUAAAUACAGAUAACGUUGUACAUAUAUUCGAGACGUGUGAAAUAUGUUGAAUAUCUGAGAUGUAUAGGCCUGGUAUGAUAUAAUUAGCAAAAUUGUACUUUAAAGCACCCGAAUGCUAGAGUUUUUCAGCAAAGCGACCAUGUAUUUUGCAUUAUAGAGGAAAUAUCCCAGUUAAUAGGGGAUAAUGAUUACUGUGGCUCCCUUGAGCUGAUUAAUGACAAAAGAGAAAAGAAAAUUGCAAUUAUAUAAACAUUUUUUUAUAAUGGUAAAAAUGCACAUAGUAUAGAAAUAACUACCUGCCAGCACAGCAUGUGUCCCUAUGAUCUUAAUCAUAUCUUUUCUCAUGUGUAACCGAGACGUCACUAUUAAAAAAAAAAAAAGAAGAAAAAAAAAUCAGAUGUCAUGCUUUUUUUUUUUGAGAACACAAUCAACACUGUAAUAGAAACAAUGUCAUUGUUUACGACUUUUGUAAACAGCAAAGAUAUUUUAAGUUGCAAAUCUGUGACAUGAAAUGCAGUGUUUGUGUGUAUCAUUGCAUAUGUUGCCAAUCCUAGUGUGAUGAGAGGUUUUUUUGCUCUUGCAUGAAAAUGAGACAUUGCUCUCCUACCUCACGUUGUGAUAAGAUGUUUUCUAAAGCAGAUGACACAUCUCAAACUGUUUAUCAUGAUUGAUAUUUACGAGUUAAAUACAUGUACAUGCUUUUAGCUAAUACCUCAGUUGUAUCUAGUGUUUGUUUAUUUCCCCUAUUUCAGACAUUGUAAAUAUCUUGUAUAGACAAUGAACUUGGAUUAAAUUCAAGUAAAGUUCUGUAGUGUCAAA